AUGGAGCGUGUCUUCGAGCAUCGUGGGGGUGAUUUUCAUGGUGAAUCCGGAGCUACCAAGAUGACGGAGCUCUCGGAAUAUGAAGAUUCUCUUGAAUUCUACGCCGGUAAACCGGGUCAUCGUUCGUACUUAGGAAGAACACUCCACUGGGGCGGCGUGUGUAGUAGCAGCCGGUCCAGCUUUCGAGCAGUUGCACUUCAGAGCCGUGGUGGCUGCUUGGCUAGGCCUUUGUCUCCUGUGGCCUCGGCCGAGACGGGACAAAGAGACUUCAGCAAAACCCCUGGACCAGAAGAGCUCGCAGAAAGGAGCGAUAAGCCGAAUAUGAGUUCUGCAUGGGCAUCAGAUGCCCCUGGUGCAACACCAACAGAUCACAUCCAAGAAACCGCUGCCAUCAAUGCUCCUGCCUCGGACGCGACAACCGCAGAAAUCCCUUCUGGUCAUUCCACUGCAACUAGUGAGACCAGUCGCAUUGUGCGAAGCGACAACUAUCUGAUAGUCGGAUUCGCUGUGGUGACUCUAACAAGGGUUCCAGAAAAGCUUCGCCAUCGUGUUAUGAACGCCGCAGUGUUGCACUUGCCCUCUUUGGAUGUGAGGAGACCUAUAAGAUGGUGCACAGCUCCCGCUCCCGCUGACCAGCGAAAUGCUCUGCCGCUGAUGCACGGAACCUGUGUUAGCCUCUUUCCGCGCAUUACAUUCUUGGUCAUCCAGACAGAUGGUUCUGAGAGCGUCCUGCACCGGCUAGAAGACAUCGAAGCUGAAAGUGUUUUCUGUUGGACUUUUUUCUUGGACUAUUGUCGAUCCGGAGCACAAAUGUUUGCCGAAGAUUUGGAAUCUCCCUGCGAGUCCGAAAUCAAGCUUCCAGUUUCAAUCACGAGAAGGCCCCAGCUGGGACCAUUCGCAGACGCCAACGAUUGA